AUGUCAUCCUCUAAACAUCCAGGUCGCUCAAUCAAAUAUUUACUUUCAAGAAAUGAAAUCAAUAAUCAGUAUCCUCACUUGUAUGACGCCAUUCUUACAACAUCAACAGGAGAUUCUAUUCCAUUCUAUCAAUUAUUUAUUCAAAACAAUGCACCUGAACUUCAAGUUUUAAAGAAGGAGAAGAAUGGUAUUAUUACUUAUAAAACAACAUAUGAUACUGACAUUACUAUCAAAGCCUUAGAAUAUAUUUUAACUGGUAAAAUUGACAAGGAGUUUCCUCAAUAUAAAAAGGUUGAAGAGUUUCUCAAAACAUCCGGUACCUCAACCUCAAAAUGGAUAAAGUAUUCAAUGCCAACCAUUUAUGAAAAGAUGCCUCUAGCAGAUUUGGCUCUUAAAUCAAAAUAUUUAAAACAACCAAUUCAAAUGCAUAGAUUGGUUUUAGCUUGUCAUUGUACAAAAUUUAGAAAUGUACUUUCUCAAGUUUCAAACAAACCAACACCACCCCAAUCCUCAACACCUUAUAUUGCUCCUGAAAAUUUUGCUAAAUAUAUGAGAGAAAGAAAGGAGAAUAUGUUGUCAAAUCCAAUGGAAAUUGAUUUGGAUCAAUUCCAACCAUCAUCAGAAAAACAUAUUAGAGCAAUAAUACAAUAUUGUUACACUGAAGAUUUUGAAUCAAGUUGUGAGAAGCAAGGAAUUUCAUCUGAUGAAGAUUUAACUGAAUUAUUCAAUUUGGCAGAAAGAAUGGGUUUAAUUGGUAUUGUUGGUGAAUAUGCAAAGAAAAUGUCUACCUCCAUUACAUUGAAAAAUGUUGGAAGAAUAUUUUCUCUUGCAACAAGAGGAGAAGAACAAGAUAUUCAUGAUAAGGCAGUACACUUCAUUUUUACAAAUUGGGGGAUUUUAAGAAAGGGAGAAUUAGAUGGUCAAAUGUCUUCUGAUGAAGAAAGACAUUUAUUUGAAAAAGUUAGUGGAAUUGCAGACAUGUUUUGCUUACACAAGAAGAAUGGAAUGAUGUAA